AUGCCAUUGCCAUUAGUCACCAGAAAAUCAAUCAGAGAUAACCAAGAGCACUUGGAUUCAGCCGUCGAGUUGAUCAAGACUGUCUCUGGUGCCGAUUGGACUUUUGAAAUCGAUUUUGAAACCAUCUUCUCCAAGUUGGGUGACGGUUGUGACUAUGUCAAGAACGAUGCCGGUAACUUCUUCUACAAGGAAGUUGCCAUGAGCAUUGCCAACUGUGUCGAGAGAGCCUGCAAGCAAGAGAUGACCAAGGAAGCUUUGGUCGAAGCCAACUCCCAAUCCAAGGUCAUCAUCAGAGUCAACGAAGACAAGAAGAACACCAACUAUUGGAAAUAUAUGUUCGAAGCCGGUUCAUUGGUUGUCAUUUUCAGAGCUCCACCAUGCAAUGUAUCUGAUUUGACUUAUUUCGAUCUUGCUUCAAUUAUUCCAUCACCAGGUGCUUUGUCAUUGAAGGCCAGAUUGAAUUUGAAGAACAACCAAGAAGCCAUCCAAGAAUCUUUGGAGCAAAUCAAGGUUGCCACCAAGGUCGACUGGUCAUACGAUGAGGAGUCACUCGAGACUUGCUACACCACCAUCGACAGCAACAAGGACUCCAUUGGUGAGAUCUUCAAGGAAAUCAUCAACUACGUUGCUACCAACAUCACCAAGAGAUGUGCCGACGAAAUGGUUUUGGAAGCUUUCAACGAAGUCACCACCAACGCUAGAAUCAUUUUGAGACACAACCCAAAGCAAUCCAACUACUGGCAAUGGAUCUUUGAGAACCAAAACUUGGUUAUCUCAUUCAAGAGCAUCUGCAAUGUCAGUGACAACUGUUACUUUGACUUUGAAAAAUUAUUGUAA